AUGCCGCCGAAAUCUAGGGCGUUCAAAGCACGCAACAUUCCCUGUCCCCACUGUCCCCAGCUGUUUCUCAGCUAUCGCGGCCGGACGCAGCACAUCGAAGCUAUUCACGGCGAUCUGGAGCCCAGCAACGAUCCAUCGAUCGCGCCAAGCUCCGAUGCUCCUGGCCCAGAGCCUUCAUCGUCGCCGCCCCCAGCCAAUUUCGAUCUCCCUGAUCAUAACUCGGAUCCACCCUCCCGCUCGUCGUCGCCGCCUACUGUCGAAAGCAAUGUAAAAAUCGAGAAACACCCGAUUUUAGACGGCACUCCGUGCGACGCCGAUGGGUAUGAUCUACCGUUAGGCGCACCUGCGCCGUCCUGGGACCAUCGCGAGCCCGACGACUUCGCGUCUUUCGACAACCGUGCAGCUUUCGAAUUUGCGGACUUCCUCUAUAUCCGUGACCAGAUGUCGGGCAACAAUAUCGACCAGCUCAUGCAACUAAUGGCGGCACUGUACCCUGAUCGUCCCCCUCCAUUUGCCGAUGCCCGCGAGCUGUACGCUCGAAUUGACGACUUGCCGCAGGGAGACAUCCCAUGGGAAUCGUUCGCGGUGCAAUAUACGGGUCCUCGCCCUGCCACCAACGUACCAACUUGGAUGACCGACAAAUACGAAGUCUGGUUCCGGUCGCCCUUGGCCGUUUUCGAGAAGCAGCUCGCUAACCCGGACUUCAAAGACGAGCUCGACUGGGCGCCGAAGCGUAUCUUCAAGAACGAUAAACGGCAGUAUACUGACCUGUUUUCGGGUAACUGGGCUUGGCAGCAAGCGGGACGAAAUAGCCCAGAACGAGGAGAAUCAUGGGGCAAUUUGGCACCGGGAACACAGAGUUCUAUCCUUUAUAUGGCGGAGUUGGGAAUCUACAUGGCUAUUCCCAAAACGACGCGCCAACAUGCCGGGAGUGUAGAUUUCCGCAAAUUUCGGCGGCAGCUUUUCCAUGCAUCUUUGGCCCGGAUUUUCAGUAUUCUCAAGCCCUAUAUGACAACAGCCAGAGUUACACGUUGUGCUGAUCGUCACUUCCGACGCGCAAUAUAUGGCUUUGGUCCAGUUAUCGCCGACUAUCCAGAACAAGCACUAUAUGCUUGUAUCGUUCAGGGGUGGUGUCCCAUCUGUUUGUCUCCUCCUGAUGAUCUGGAUAAACAAAGUGCACAUCGGUGCAAGGAGCAUACGGAAGCCCUUCUAGAUGCGUCACUGACGGUAAAGGAGCUGUGGGAUGAGUUUGGUGUGGUGGCCGAUAUCAUUCCAUUCACUGAUGACUUCCCCCGAGCGGACAUUCAUGAGCUGAUCUCUGUGGAUUUACUCCAUCAACUCAUCAAGGGAACUUUCAAAGACCAUUUAGUCGAUUGGAUUGUCGAGUAUAUUCAGCAAAUGUAUGACAAAUCAGAUGGUGAACGUAUUCUGGCAGACAUUGACCGACGAAUCGCAAUCACACCACCAUUUACUGGGCUGCGUAAUUUCCCAAAAGGUCGCAAUUUCAAACAGUGGACAGGUGAUGACUCUAAGGGGUUGAUGAAGGUAUUCCUCCCAGCCAUUGCGGGCCGCGUUCCAAGUCAGAUGGUGCAAGCGGUUGCACAUUUCACCGAGUUCUGCUAUCUUGUUCGACGAUCAGUCCUUGAUGAAGAUACACUCAGUGCAGCUGAAUCUAGUCUGGCGAAAUUUUGGGAUACUCGUGAAGUGUUUCGUGACGUCCGACCGGAGGGGUUCUCUCUACCACGGCAGCAUUCAACAAAACACUAUGUCCCCCGAAUUCGCAUGUUUGGGGCUCCAAAUGGCCUCUGUUCAUCAAUCACGGAAUCAAAGCAUAUUAAGGCUGUCAAAAAGCCAUAUCGAAGAUCCAACCAUAAUCAACCAUUGAGUCAAAUGCUCUUGACGAACCAGCGUCUUGACAAGCUUCACUAUGCCCGGGUCGACUUUGCUAGCCGUGGUAUGCUCUCUGGCGCGUUGAUCCCCCUUCUACCUCCUCUUGACCUGGCGGCCAAUAAUCCUGUCAGGGAAGCUCUGCCUGACCUAGAUGAUGAUGAAGUAGUGGAGGGUCCUCGAUUUGAUGGGGAGGUCAAGUUGGCAAAGCGCUACAUUCGACGUGUUCCUCGGGAUUUGGCAGGGUUGGCCAGCUACCUUGGCCAACCACGUUUUCCUGAACUAGUUCAGCACUUCCUGUUUGGCCAGCUCUAUCCUGACUAUGAUGGGGAGGUUGAUGCCAGUGAUCUACCAUCAAUUGAUGGCAAGAUUUACACCUACAACUCCGCCCAAUCCAUCUUCUAUGCUCCAAGUGAUAUAUGCGGAAUCGGUGGAAUGCGACGGGAGCGGAUUCGCUCUGCACGAUCAUGGUUCAAAGGUCCACCACGCUAUGAUUGCGCAUUUGUGGUCCAUGACCGGGAUGCUCCUGGGAUGCUCGGAUUCCACAUUGGUCGGGUUCUUCUUUUUUCCAAUUCAAACACCAUGACACAUUGUAUCCAUGUGCUCUAG